AUGAGUGAAGACGAGACCAAAGAAAUAGAGUUUUCCGAAGAUCCAGAUAUACAAGAGCUACAGUCAUGCUCACUCAUUUUUGAUAAACUAAAAGUUGAUUACAACAACCUCGACGGGUCAAUAGAGUUACCACUACAAAUCGAUGAGGAGAAAUCAAUAAACUUAAUAGCAGAAGGCAAGGAUGGACUGAAUAUACCUUUAGCAUCCAAGAAGGUCACAUUUUUGCCCCCACUUUGGCUACACUUCCAUCUACUACAAGGAUACCCAGAUGAAAACCCACCCUCACUCAACUUGUCAUGUUCGGUGAUGAAACAGGAGAAGAUCAAAGAGGUUGAAGACAAGUUAUUUCAAAUAUGGAGAGAUUACAAGGACAGGGUGAUAUUUAGUAUCAUUGAUUAUUUGCGAGAAAGCUCACAAUCUUACGUAGAUGAGCUACUACCUCCCAUAAUCGAAGUCUCAGAUAUCGAUCAAUAUAAUCAUAUAUUAGCUUUUGAUGUACACGCUAAAGAAGAAUUGUUCAACACACAAACAUUCACGUGUGAGAUAUGCCAGAUUGGACAGAAAGGAAUAAAUUGCACACAAUUUGAUGAAUGCUCACACGUUUUUUGCAAUGAUUGCUUAAAAACAUACUUCACUACUAGUAUAGUCCAAGGAGAGGUGGAUAAAAUUCAUUGCCCUGAAUACAGUUGCACCAAAAACUACAUUACUGCCCGAGAUGAGUUGAUGAAGUUAGAGACAUGGACAUUGAAGGAUGAAGGGGUUAAGGAUAUGGUGAUUAAAUUGUUAAUUCCCCCAGUUGCAGCAAGCAAGCUUAAAAAAUUACUACUGCCUGAAUUGAUACAGCGGUAUUUGACUCUUUUCAAGAAAGGUCAGUAUGAGAUGAUUGGAAAGCUCUUACCAAAUAGGCUUGUCAAAUGUCCCCGAAUAGGUUGUGAUGAAGUCAUCUUUCGAGAAGACUUGAAUGAAAAGUUGGUUAUGUGUCCAAAAUGUAAGUAUGCAUUCUGUAACGAUUGUCGAAAAUCGUAUCACGCAAGAUUUAAACCUUGUGUUAAGGUUGGUGGAGAUGAUGAGAAAUAUGGAGGCAUACCAAUAGAUGAUUUGGAAGCUUACAAUCAUAUGGCACAGGGCUCACAUGAGAAGAAGAUAUUGAAUGCAAAAUAUGGUCGAAAUAAGAUAUUGAAAGCUAUUGACGAGUACCAGAUGGAUAAGUUGUUUGAGCAGAUGUUGAGGCUGGGCACUGAUCUUAAAGAAUGUCCUGGUUGUGGCGCUGUGAUUGAAAAGUUUGAAGGAUGUAACAAAAUGAAGUGCAGUGAAUGUCUCACUUGUUUUUGCUUCAAUUGCGGAACUCAAACUGAUAACAGUUAUAAUCACUUUACUGAUCCUAGAUCUCCUUGUUACAAGUUACUAUUUUUCGGGAUGCCAGGAAUUGAAGAUGAAUAG